AAAGACGUCGGUAUGCAAAGAAAUUUUGAGAAAACUGGGACAUGACGAAAAAUCCGCUUCAAAGAAUCAGGACAUCUUAAUAUUGUGUCAAAGUAACUUUUACAAAGUGGACGAUAAUCUGUCAAACAAAGAGGAGGACGAGGACCUAGAAUUAAACUAUGAUCACCCAGGUUCGUACAUUACGAUUGUGUUAGGGUUUCGGAGUGCCAUUCCAGGCAUAAGCCUGGGGUAACUGCGUGGGUAUACUCAUUCUGCCCAGCUAUUUACACUUGGGAAAAGGAAUUAUUUACACUUGGCUACGCUUUAAGGUGUAUGGGUGGUAUUGAUAGGCGGUCAUCUCUCUGAUCUCAAUAAUAUGGAAGGAGUGGAAGCACCUUUAGGUUUAAAUAGAUGUAUAAAAUUUACACCGCUCGACUGAAUUCAAUCUACAACUUACACCCUUCAACCUUUUUUGUACACGCUCAUGUAUUUUCAGAAUUAACCAAUCACAAAGGCUGUUCCUACAGGUGUAGCCGUAUAGGGUGACCCUGCUGCAUAGGGUUCGACUGUUUUGUUUUCCCUUUUUGAACAAAAGUUUCUUAAAAUAUCUUUGUAACAUCGGUUGUUGUUAUUCAUUUGUUAGACGCUUUUGAUGAUGAACUCAUAAAGAACACUUUGUCGAAACUAAAGCAAGGUCAGACAGUCGAAACUCCUGUUUAUGAUUCAAAAACAUACUCCAGGUUUGUAUACAUUACCAUAUAGACAAUAGUGCAACUCCAUAUUGUAAUAAAUGAAAACAAUUUUUAAGAUAAAUUGUUGCAAGAAACCUUAGGCGUAGACGUAAUUAAAUGAAAGUAUAUGCAAAACAGCAAAGAGCUUGAAAUAAUAGAGAGUUUAAGAUCUACGACGCGGUCUGAAUUUCAGCUAAAAAAUGAACGCUAAGCAAUUUCAUUACUGUAAUAAAUGUUUGACGAUUUUCAAAUAACAUUACAAACUGCUAAGUUUGACUAAAGCGAUGCAAUGUUUGCUGUAAUUUUGACUUGAAGUAUCACCUUUUGGGUCGAAAUAAGCUUCGCGUUGCUUGAAAGACGUGAUAAUGCUUAGUUUAACGUUCUGCUGAGUAUGACAAAGCCGUUGAGAAUACCCCUGGGACCACAAAUUAUUCACAGUUUUUGUCUUGGAUGACAAAUUUCUUUCUUUCGCAUGCGCGUCGUCGAGCCGGCCGCGUCGUAGAUCUUAAACUCUCUAAUGUUCAAAAAUUGUCCGGAAAAUAUUUUGUUGGAAAUUUAAAAUUUGGAUGGAUUUUUUUAUUUAAUGGUAAAUCAUUUGUUAAUAAAUAUUAAUUUAUGCCAAACACGAUACAAUCAGUAAUUUUAUACAGUAUAUAGUUAAAAAACCAGGGGUCGGUUGUUCAAAGCUGGAUUCUCGCUAACCCUCGGUUGAAAUUUAACUCGCUUAUUUGGUUUGUGUAUUUCUGCGCAUGUCUGUUUAUUUCAUUCGAAGAUUUCCAGAAAAUAUUUCCAUGUUAAUGAACGAGCUGUUAUAAUAAUUAAUAACCUAAAUUUCGAAAACUACCUAAAUCUAUAAUACAUCGAAUACUUAAUUAAUUUACUGUUAUAAAGUUUUGAAAUUCCUCAGUGUUUGUUUUUAAUGUACAAUUUGAUUCGGACCUACGAUUAUAGUUGUGAGCUGCUGAGUUGGCUUGACUUGCCACAACAUCUUUAAGAGGAUUAAUUACACUAUUACCAAGCUUUUAAUAAUUUUUUAAUGAAUUGUUCACAAGAAUUGUGUCUCAUAUGCUUAACAUCUCCAAUCCUGUAUGAUCUAAUGCAUUGUGACACGACAUUUCAGGAAGAAUGAUGCGCAAAACUCAAGAUUUUCUGGUUUGAUGUAAUAAUGUCAGACUUGUCUUAAAUUGUGUAUACAGUAUGCUCACUUGGAUAAUCCCCAAACCCAAUGCACCUUAUCACAACCCGCACACCUGAAACUUUUAGUAACUUGUUUUGAAGAUUUUUGUCCCCAUGCUUAGUUCUUGAGAUAUUUCAUUUUGUGUGUAACCAUGUGACGUCAUUUACUCAAUUACAUAUAUAAUGGUAUCAGUAAUUGUUGUGUAUCUUUGCUAUUUUUUAUCAAAAUCUUUCCAAAGAUGCCACAAGUUUGUUAAUUUAACCUACAUCAUUAAGCAUACUGUUUAACCUAGAUCAUUAAACAAAUCCAUCAAAAAUAGCGAAGAUACGCAACAAUUACUGAUAUCUCAUUAUAUAUGUAAUUGAGUAAAUGACGUCACAUGGUUACAAACAAAAUGAAAUAUCUCAAGAACUACUGUAUAAGCAUGGAAACAAAAAUUUUCAAAACAAGUUAUAAAAUAACAUGUAUAUAACGCGUAUUCUGAUUGGUCGAAAGCCGUGUUUGGAUCAGGCCAUCCAAACACGGAAGACUACCGUGUUGUUGUUAUUUUAUAAAACAAUUACUUUAUGGUUUCCGUGUUUGGAUGGACUGAUCCAAACACUUGGGAAUGUUGCUCGAGUUAAGAAAAGCGGGCAAAAUCACUCGCCUUCGGCUCGUGAUUUCGCUCGCUUUUCUUAACUCUCGCUCGCUUUUCUUAACUCUCGCAACAUUCCCGCGUGUUUGGAUCAGGCCAUCCAAACACGGAAACCAUAAAGUAAUUGUAUAUUAAUAUACAGUUUUAAGACCAUUUUCGUUUACGCGAGUGUCACAUUAAAUUGUGUGUGUAUAUGCUCACUAAUGCUCACUUGGAUUCUUUAUAAGAAUACUAAUUAGGAUGAACAAUUAUUUAAUGCCACAUGUGUUUUAUCAGAUAUAAAGUCACUCCACGUGACAUAUUAUGGCUGACAUGAUUUGCCACAAGAUUUAUGAAUUAUUAAUGAGUAUUUUAAGCCAUUCAAAACACUCGAAGUCCGUGCUUUAUCAGUUAUAAAACACUCGAACUGCGCUCUCGUGUUUUAUAUCUGAUAAAGCACUGAAUCAGGUUCCUGCUCGUGUUUUAAAUAGUACAUGACGUCCGAAACUACAUAUUAGACAGAUUUAGAAAAGACGACGCGACCUCAAAGACGGCGUGGAUGUCGUCAUUUGGCGCCAACUAUCGGCAACUUCUGGUUUGCCACGUCGUCUUGGACGAUUUCACGACGCGAAAAUGCAAUUUUCACGUCCUCUCUAGAACGUCACAGAUUUAUGCUUUUUUUGAAAAAAUAUGAGAGUAUGCAUAAUAAAAAUCAUCCUAUUUUGUUCCCUAUGUAUUGUUUAAUGAUUCUAGUUGAAGGUUUUUCAUUGACAACGUUGUUUUUCUUGUAUUUCGCUAAAUUUUGGACGUGUUGAUUUUUGACAAAUACUUUCGGUCGCCAUAACAAAUCAACAAGACUGCAAGCAUUGUUAAGAAUAAUAAAAAAAAACACUUCAAUACCGCUAGUAUUCUUCACCAAAACAAACAUUUUACAAGAAACUGAACUGAGGUUAUAUUAACAACUGUUUAAAAUCAGGAAAACUUGGGAAGGUAGAAGAAUAAAAGCACUUACAAGCAGUAAAAACUAAAUCAAUUUUAGUUGCUCUGUCACAACAGUGCAAAAAGUAGGACAAGUAAAAAUCGCUUUCCAGCGUGAAAAACUAUCAUAAACAGUAUUAAAUUUUACCAAUAUAAACACUGAUACCAUGUUUAUACUGAACAGUUGACAAACUUGAUUGAAUAGGCUACAAACUAAAGCAUUUAGCUCGUAAACAAUACCUGCAGUUAUUGUAUUUAUUCCAAAUGAUGCAACAAUUGAAAGUUCACAUUUCAAAAUACCGAAAUAUACGUCUUUUUCUAAAAAAUACUUAUUGAAUAUCCGUACUAAUUCAUCAGGAAACGCUUGGCAGUUUUAUAAAUCCUUUUCUUGCACGUAUCUUGACAACUGAUUGAAAACAAUACAGGAAUGAGCAAGAAACAAGAAAACAAAAAUUUGCUUCGAAAAAGACAAACAAGCCGUCCCAGAUUAAAAACCCGGAAGUGAACGCGAGGUCAUUUUCACGUUGUCUUUGAGCUCGCGUCUUCUUUUCUAAAUCUGUCUAUUGCUAACAUUUCACUUUCACCUUUUAACAGGAAACCGCAGUUUGUGACAACAUAUCCGCCAAAAGUAAUUCUUUUCGAGGGCAUCCUGGUUUUAUAUCACAAAGAAAUUCGAGAUUUGCUGGAUAUGAAACUGUUUGUCGACUGUGACUCUGAUACAAGACUUUCACGGCGAGGUAUGAUCAUUAAUUUCUAAAUAGUAAUGAAUUAUUCGUCAAUAGCGAUCGCCAACAUCCUACGCAGAACCAUAAAAGUAACUGACCAGUUACGUUUAAUGACCCUGCAUGCGUACGGAAGCCAUAGAUAUCUUAUAUACACUAGAUAGCGCAUCUCGUUUAGUAAAAUUGAAGCCAAGAAUAUUCCAGCGGUUACCCCCAUUUGAAUAGAUGGCGGCCAUGUUGGAGUCAGUUCUCACUCGCUAAUAAACGCUUAAAAAACAACGAUAACUUUCGUCAUUUGAAUAGUUUGAAAAUGUAUUUGGAAUAGGUUUAACUUAAUGUUUGAGUUCCCUGUUUAAGAAAUAGAAAACAUACGAGUCUUCUCAUUUCAUGGGAAUAUCCUGAGUCUGCAAUUACGGCUUCAAUUUCUGAAUUGCAGAAUAAUUAGAUGCACUAUCUAGUGUAUAUAAGAUAUCUGUGACGGAAGCUUGUAGCGGCCAGGCCUUAAUAAAUAUCGGUCGGUCACGGAAAUUGUCCAACCCAUUCGUGAAAUUGUCCGACGUAAAGAGGAAACCACCGGACAUUCUGUCCAAGCUAAGUGAGAUUAAGCGAGCCAGCCCGAGAUCUCGGGUCAGUCGAGGCGGGAUCUCGCCUUAACCGGGCCAGCUCGGAUACCCGGGCUGAGCCAGCCCCAUAUAAACUGCACCUAAGAAAAUGUUUCUAAACACCAACUUGCGGGCUUUUGUGAUAUUUCGUAAAUACCUCAAAAGUAGUCAACGUCUCGAUACUUUUUUGUUGAAAAGAUGCUGAAUUAUCAUGUUUUUUGACCAUAUGUCCACAACAAUCGCCACACCCGGGGUAUUUUGGCAAAAAGUAUUUUUCCUGACCGUAGACUAGUUAGUCUGUUUUAUGAUUGGAUGAUUUCCAGAAAUUUGCGAGGCAAGUUGCAGUGGAAAAGUUGCAACGCCUCGCAUAUCAUCACUAAAAGCUCUUGUUCAACUUUCUCUGCAACUGGCAGGUCAAUCUUUCAUUGUCGCAUGCCAGUUGUUACAGAACUGCCGUCAAGUUUUAACAAGGUUGUCAAGCCGAUAUCAGGAUGUGUUCGCACUGCUUGUUCCCAGUUGUUGUGGCAAGUCUGGAACAAGCUGUUAUCACCUUGUUACACGGUUGAUGAUAGUAACAAACUUGUUCCAAUAAGACUAGUACAGGCUGUUCGUAACAAUUUGCUACGAGCUUGUUGUCAUCAACUUGUUACGUGCAGACGAUAUCACACUUGUUGGAACAACUUGUUGGAACAACUUGUUAGAACAACUUGUUAGAACGACUUGUUAGAACAACUUGUUAGAACAACUUGUUAGAACAACUUGUUAGAACAACUUGUUAGAACAACUUGUUAGAACAACUUGUUAGAACAACUUGUUAGAACAACUUGUUAGAACAACUUGUUAGAACGACUUGUUAGAACGACUUGUUAGAACAACUUGUUAGAACAACUUGUUAGAACAACUUGUUAGAACAACUUGUUAGAACAACUUGUUAGAACAACUUGUUUGAACAACUUGUUAGAACAACUUGUUAGAACAACUUGUUAGAACAACUUGUUAGAACGACUUGUUAGAACAACUUGUUAGAACAACUUGUUAGAACAACUUGUUAGAACAACUUGUUAGAACAACUUGUUUGAACAACUUGUUUGAACAACCUGUUGGAACAACCUGUUGGAACAACCUGUUAGAACAACUUGUUAGAACGACUUGUUAGAACAACUUGUUAGAGCAACUUGUUAGAACAACUUGUUUGAACAACGUUUUGGAACAACCUGUUAGAACAACUUGUUAGAACAACUUGUUAGAACAACUUGUUAGAACAACUUGUUAGAACAACUUGUUGGAACAACUUGUUGGAACAACUUGUUGCGGGUCUGUUAGCCUCGUCAACCUUGUUACAAGAUGACGACUUGUUCCAUGCAGACUUACCAACAACGGGGAACAAGCAGUGCGAACACAUCGUGUUGACACGCGCGUGCAAGUGUGUUACGCCAUGCAAUAUUGCUUUAAAUUUGCAAUGCUUAUAACCCUGUUCUGUUACAAAUUGUAGAAAAAAUGCCUGGUCCGACAUGGCCCUGAUCGUAAAUUUUUUGUAUUUGCAGUUUUAAAAGACACACAAGAACAUGGUCGAGAUCUCGAUACUGUAUUAAGUACUUAUACAGAACUUGUGAAACCAGCAUUUGAAGAGUUCUGCUUGCCGGUAUGUAGUCAGUGGUAACAAGUUCUUUGAUAUUUCACAUAAUAUGCCGAUACAGGUAUUAACAGACCUUUUUGUGACGACGUAAUUAGUUUGUUCGUUCACUGCAACCAGGUAUAUCAAUCAUGUUUCGCUUGCUACUCUGGUUUAAAUAAAUGAUUACAAAGCCCAGUCGAAUUGUAAUCACGACCCAACGUUUCGACACUCGAGUCUAGUGUUUUCAUCAGGGGUGAUAGUUAAACAUUUGAUUCGUUUUAACACAAGGCACAACUUUAUUAGGAUAAGAUUAAUAUUUAUUGUAUAGAUGCUAACUCAUCAUAUAUUUAACAUAAUUUAUCAUGGUUAGAGGACAACGAGUUUAUCAGUAUUACUGUCAGGUGUAAUUCUCUUAAAUAAAGUUGCCAUACUAUAUAACGGGGGGUGAAUAGGGGUAUACAAAUACGCCGAUCCGCCCAAAUUUGAAGCAAAAUCCGCGAUCCGACAAUGGUCUUCUCUAAAUUUGAAUCCGCUAAAAGCUCUACUAUGAAGUCACAAUCCAGGAUCCGAACUAAAUUGCAAGCUAAAUCCACAAUCCGAGCCAAAAUAUAAGAUAAAUCCGCAAUCCGCUGUAUUAAUAAGAUCCGCAAAUCCGUGUAAAAUAUUCGCCAGAUCCGAAAUCCGAACAAUUUUUUCUGUGAAAUCCGACGAUCCGAAAACCUAUUCACCCCCCUCCCCCCUAACUGUUGGACGUCAGUUCCAUUCCCUUUUAUAGUGUUUUUGUCUGCGCGGUCAACACAAAGCUGCAACGCGUGUGCCGAAAUUUCGUAUUUUGACCUCGAUUUAAAGAAUAAUACUAUGGUUUUAUGAACCGAUAACUUGUCUAGCGAUACGAUCAGUUAGAAAAACCUGGAAUUAGGGACGGGUCAUAAAGUAACUGCUAGGGUGGGCUGGAGGUAAAUGACAAAUUUUCCCAAUAAGUUCGGUGACCCAUCUUAAGAUGUAGAUAAAAAUUUCAAAGCCCAUCUAAUCUUACAAAAAAAUUUCAUGACCCACCCAAUCUAAAUUGGGAAAAUACACUUUUAUAAUAAAAAAAACUUGCAGGUAUGAACUUUGUAAAGUACCAAGCUUUGACCAACACAUUCAUCACUGUGAUUCGACCAAUUCUUGUUGUUGUAUAAACAAAGUACUGGCUUCAAUAGCAUCAUUUGCAUUUGAUAAUUUGGAUAGUUUUGUUUACUUUUAUUAUUAAUAUCUUUAUUUUUUGAAGUAGACAUGCAUUGGUUUUUGUUUGGUGGCCCAACCGUGGACAUACAAAAAAAUUGGCGGCCCAUCGAAAUUGCCAAAAAAAUUUCGAUGGCCCAUCCCAAAUCACUCAAGCCCACCCUAGCAGUUACUUUAUGACUGGUCCCUUAGUUGUGGAAAAUGGUAUUAAAAUAGAAACAAAAUGGUAUUAAUGGUAUUAAAACUAAUAAAUAAGUAAUAAAUUUACGUGGUGUCUUCACAAACAAAAGUAUUAUGUAUAAAAACUGUUUACGACUUUCAGAGCUAUUGGACGUCAAUAGCCGCCAUCAUGGCUUCAUUUUUCUCAUAGACCGAAUGACUGAACUCUGAAGUUCUUGCUCCGAAUAUAUAGAGCUCACUGGAAAAGCCUUGCUCAAAAAGUUUCAAACCCACUUUAUCGCAUUUGCAAGCGCGAGCAUGAAAAAUCUUGAAAAUACUGCCAGCUUCUCUACAAUCAUUUCAAGUAAAAAUAUGAUAGAUGCUCGAUCGUACUUUUUAAGCCAUAUUACAUCAUUUCUAACCAUGCAGCUCGAAUAUACGGCCGGAUAUGAUAUCCGGUGCUUCCCUUAUCAAGUCACCAAAACAAAAACAAACCCCAGCUUUAAGCUUGGAGCACGACAACGCAACAAGACACCAUUUCGUCGCAGUGCAGCAAAACGUAGACCCUGUAGCUUUGGUUUUAAUGGGCUAACGAGUUGAAGUACAGGAGGGUUGGUCCCCCUGCCGUCUUUCUUGGUUAAGCUCUGUAUUUGCCGUUGACGAUCACAUGCUCCAAGCUAUUUCAAAUCCUGGAAGUCUUCUCCUUUUGAAGAUUUGUCUACCGUAGAUUUGAGCAUUUAUAAUGGAAUUAUUUGGACCGUAUUUAUAAUUUCAUAUUUAAGUAUAUAGCGCAGGCUUUAACAGGAACUAUGUUCAGUUCGGUUUCUUUUCCUCUAUAGACCAAGAAGUAUGCAGAUGUAAUUAUUCCGAGAGGAUCAGAUAACACAGGUAACUAAGAAUUCAUGUAGUUCAACGAUUUGUGUGGUUACUAUAUUCAUUAAGAACAUACAUCAUAAAAUGUUGUUACUGUAAGCGACAAUUGUUUCCACCUGUCGGUGUAAAAGAACCUCUAUAUCCUAUAUGGCGUUUUGUAAUACUACAUUUUUCGACGAAAUCGAACUGUGUUCAAAAUCUCAAAUCGUUUUGGUGUAGUAUAGCUACUUUGUAAAAGUUUCACAGCCUGAGACACGCUUGUUAAAAUGUUCCUGGUUAAAAUAAACUUAUUUGUUUGAAACAACCCUAAAACGUUUUUGGAAGAACGCAACAACAUCUACACAAAGAAAAAUCAUGAUAACAUUCCAUCAAAAUAUAUAUUUUAUGUUGUUUGUCACAUCAUUUUAAUGAAUAUGUACGAAAUUCUAAUGCGCGAAUAAGGGGGCGAAUAUUAAAAUGACAAAGAAAUUUCUCAAAAAAAUUUAUAUUGCAGACCUCUUAGCUGUAGUAAAACCUGCUGUCAUUUGCACAGCGAUCCACCUAGGCAUUUCUUCUUUUUUGUACCGCUUGCAAACCAAGCAUCUCGGGUUUCAAAACAAUAAAUUUGAAAACUUACGGAAUAAAAUAAACGGAAAACUUUAUGCACAAGCAGUUGUUGCAUUAAGUUGUAAAGCACGUGACAUUGUGUGACAUCCUUUUGGAAAGUUUUUGGUCAGGGAUGGGUAAUUAUUUCUUUUUUAAUUGAUAUUUGAAGUGAGGUAAAAUAUAAUUUUGACUUAAUGGUUGGAUCAGCAAAAUUUUUACCCAUUUCUCUUCGGUGCCACCCUCGCCAUAAAUAAAGAGCGGUCUCUUAUAAUCAUCGCCUUUCCUUCAUUUUUAGUGGGAAUGGAGGUGAUUAUCAGGCACAUCACUGACAUUCUCAAAGGAGACGAUAAUGACAGAAAAAUAGUACAGGUUGGAGAAAAUAGCAAAAGAGUUCGACCAAGAAAACGAUCUGAAUCUAGUGGCAUUGGUAAUCGUCCCCAUUGAUGGAAUUGUUAUUAUAAUAUGAGUUAAUAUUGUAUAAAGAACUUAGUUUCGGUUUACUGUGAAAUGAUUGUGAUUGGAUUACUCUCUCAAUUGCUAUAUACACGUAAUUUUAACACUGUCAACCCAUGUUGUGGUCGUUGAUAACAAAUCGUAACUAUAAUUUUAUUUCUGUAAUUGUUAUCUUAAGUAUAGUGAUUAAGCUCCUGUUUUUAUGGUCCUGCUUUGAGACGAGAUGAAAAGGACGAUAUUAAUGUGUUGAAAUGAGUCACGAAGUAUACUUCUAUGUGUUUCACCGAUAUAUACCUUAAUUGGCAUACGAGCAAAUUCCAGUCAACUCACGGGCUGACUGUCUAAACAACGUGAAAUUGUCGAUAUAUGAUAGCCUUUAUAUUGAGCAUGAAAUUCUUGGGGCAUUUUCGACAAAACGCCGUGAUAGCGAGAAAAUUGACGACAUGCAAUUCAAGUUAAUGCUCGUUCACUGAAUGAUUUUCAGCUUUAUACACAAAGGAGCUGUAUUCAGUGGCGCCGUGGGACCCAUGUUUUUUGGGGGGCCAAGGGCAGUACUUUUCCGACAAACCGAAAAAUUUUUCCGACAAACCAAAAACUUUCCGAACGCCAACACUUUUUAAAUCUGACUCUUUUCAAUACAUGACAAUCACGCUUUUAUUCUGUCCAGGCAAAGUGGGCUCGUGCAUGCACCCGUUAAUUUAUUCACAAGCAAUAUUCGGGAUAAUGAAUUAAUGUUUGAUAAAUUAGUUCAAAAUCGACUUAUUAAAAACCAAUCCAUAACCUGAAGACGUUGCAAAACGAUAAAAUAUUAAACUUUCCUUAUUCUAUAGAAUUGAAAUUAUAUUAUGAAGUUAUAGAACAAAAUUGGAAAUCUCUCAAAAUAUCAUGGCUUUGAUAUUUGCUGAUUGGUUUAGUUUUUAGUUCAGUGAUUGGUAUCCAAGGUCUGUCAUUUCAUCAGGCACGGCCAGGGAUUUCCAGUAAAUGGACCAUUUGCAUUAUAGACUAAAUUUUGAUCUAGACAAAAUUUUCAUCACAACUUGAAAGAGCAUCACAAAAUUAGUAAUAUUCCAAAGUUUUGUUGCGAAAUGUUGUAAAAUGCGGGUAAUAUAGCCAUGCGAAGUUUGCCGUUUUUCAGUCAUUUUGUAUUACAAACGGCAAAUUGACAGCCCAAUCGGGUGUUGGGGCAUCAAUUUCCCGUUUGUAAUACAAAAUGACUGAAAAUUGAAAACUUCGCAAGGCUAUAUUAUCCGCAUUUUACAACAUUUCGCAACGAAACUUUGGAAUAUUACUAAUUUUGUGAUGCUCUUUCAAGCUGUGAUGAAAUUUUUGUCCAGAUCAAAAUUUAGUCUAUAAUGCAAAUGGUCCAUUGGUAUCUCAACCAUAUAUAUGAUAUGGUAUUUCGACCAUGGUAUUUCGAUACCAUGGUGGAAAGGCAUAUGGUAUAUCGACCAUGGUAUUUCGACCAUAAAUUUAAAACUUUUAUCUAUAAAAAUAAAAUUAAAAAUCCCAAACGUUUCGCCGGUCAAGACUUCUACAGUGAGAACUAGUUUCCUGAAGUAUAGUUUCAUGCAAUUCGAAAUUGUUAAAAAUAGGUUGAAAAUAUGGGUAUAACGUAUCCUAUACAUUUACCAAUUAGAUUAAGUACUUAGGGAGACAAACGUAGCCUGGAAUGUUAGGUAUAGACCCAUUGCACUAACGUCACAAAUCCUUAGAGUGUCCUCCAGAUGCUCCCUAACAAUAUCUGUUUGAGUACAACAACCACAUACAGCGCAAAAAUUAAUCAUUUUAAUACAAAAUUGUAUUAUAAACUUUUACAAAAUUUGCUUUAUUUGCAAAAGUUAUAUUAUGCAUAGAUUGCUAAUUUGUCCUCCAGAUGCAUCGUCACCGACGCUGUGACGUCAUGUGCAAUGGGUCUAUACUCUGGUAUAUUGAGCCAAUACUAUAUCGAGUAUAUUGGUGUUCUGGGCCUCUGGUAAUCCCCUGGCUAGGCCUGUUUCGUGCUGUUCUAUUUCCAAGUUCUGUGUGUAUACUGUGCGUAAAUUAUGUAGACAUUCAUAAUAUCAACAGUGUAAUUAUUUUGUAUUUUAAUAUUGUACUUUGAGCUGGACUCUAUUUAUUUUAAAGAUAUUAAAUUGACAGUAAUUCAAUUCAUCUACUCGAACCGAUUGUAUGACUAUAAUUUCUAAUUUAACCAUUUUUGUGUAGUUAUUCUCCUUUAUGCUAUUACAAACUAUUUUAAAUUCCCAGGAACAAAUAUAAAAGGUCCA